AUGGCGACACAAUUACCCCCUCCGUCGAAGCGACAAAAGACAGCGGCGACCGCGCGGGCCCGCGAGCAAGUUGAACCCGAGCAGAUGCCCGAUGGCAUCCAGCGCAUUCAGUUCAUCGACGCCGACUCAGGCGAGUCACAAGGCCCCGUCGUGACAGUGCCCUUGUCCGAACUGUCGCCCAAGAAUCUUUCCCUAUUGUUGAACACCCUCCUCGGCCGCGAAGACCCUAGCGAGCGCCUUCCCUACCGCUUCUACGAUCCUCUCGGCACUGGCGAUUUCGACCAACAAGCCAUCAUUUCGGCCUUUCUGUCCGGCGACUCGACAACAGAAGUCCAACUAAAUAUUCCCUGUCGCGCAGAAGCAGUUUUCCGCGUAAAAGCUGUCACAAGAUGUUCUGCCGCAAUCAGCGGACACGGCGAGGCCAUCCUCGCAGCACAAUUCUCCCCGUCCUCGUCUUCGCGUUUGGCUACUGGUAGCGGCGACAAAACUGCACGUAUCUGGGAUUGCGACACUGGUACUCCUAUGCACACGCUCACUGGUCAUACGGGAUGGGUUCUGACUGUCAGCUACUCGCCUAAUGGCGAUAUUCUGGCUACAGGCAGCAUGGACAAUACGAUACGCUUGUGGGAUGCCCAGACUGGUAAGCCUCUGGGUGGUCCUAUGAAGGGUCACACCAAAUGGGUGACUUCGAUGUCGUGGGAGCCCUACCACAUGCAGCAAGUUGGAAGACCUCGAAUUGCAUCCGCCUCGAAGGAUGCUACCGUCCGUAUCUGGGAUGUCACCAGCAAGCGCGCCGAUCUAGCCUUGACCGGCCACAAGGGCAACGUGUCUUGCGUACGUUGGGGAGGUGCCGGACUCAUCUAUACUGCCUCACACGACAAGACCAUCAAGGUCUGGUCUGCCGAAACUGGCUCUCUUGUGCACACUCUCAAUUCACACGCUCACUGGGUCAACCAUCUUGCUCUUUCCACCGACUUCGCUCUUCGCACCGCCUUCUACGAUCACACUGGCAAGAAGGGUGUCCCAGCCACACCUGAAGAGAAGCGCGCAAAGGCAAAAGAACGCUACGAGGCUGCUGCUGGUGUCAACAAUCAGAAGAAUGGCGGAAAGGCUGUGGAGAGACUGGUGUCAGCCAGUGAUGACUGCACAAUCUAUCUUUGGACACCCAUGACUUCAACAAAACCAGUGACUCGUUUGUUAGGCCAUCAAAAACAGGUCAACCACGUCACGUUCUCUCCUGAUGGCACUCUUCUCGCGUCUGCUGGAUUCGACAACCUCAUCAAAUUGUGGAAUGCUGCUGAUGGAACCUUCCUUUUCACGCUCAAGGGUCACGUUGGACCUGUGUAUCAGGUCGCUUUCAGUGCCGACAGCAGACUGCUUGUUAGCGGUAGCAAAGACACCACCCUCAAAGUCUGGGAUGUCAAGACUGGAAAGCUCAAGGAAGAUCUGCCCGGUCACAAGGACCAAGUCUUUGCCGUAGACUGGAGCCCUGAUGGUGAUAGAGUAGGCAGCGGAGGUCAAGACAAGCAAGUCCGUGUCUGGAGAAACUGA